CAAGGUCUUGCUCUACUGGCACUUAUGAGAUCCAGUGCUGGCAACAUGGGGAAGAUAGUCAUCUGCCUAAUGGUCAUCUUCUUGGGGACAGUGGCCCAUAAAUCAAGCAUCCAAGAGCCAGAUCGUCACUUGCUUAGAUUGCGUCAACUUAUAGAUAUUGUUGAUCAGCUGAAAGAUAAUCUGAAUGACUUGGACAAUGAAUCUCUGCCAGCUCCAGAGGAUGUAAAGAGACAUUGUGAGUGGUCAGCUUUUUCAUGUUUUCAGACGGCCCAACUAAAGGCAGCAAAUACAGGAGGCAACGAGCAGAAAAUAAAAGUAUUAACGAAACAGCUGAAGAGGAAACUACCUCUCAAAAAUGCAGACAAAAGACAGAUACACAGACCAACAUGCCCCUCAUGUGAUUCUUAUGAGAAAACACCACCCAAAGAAUUCCUAGAAAGACUGAAAUCGCUCAUCCAAAGGAUGAUUUAUCAGCAUCUCUCCUAGAACACAUGGAAUAUGAGGUUCCUGAGGAUCUAACUUGAAGCUGGACACUAUAUUACAUACUCUAACACAGUAGUGAAUCUCACUUCUUGGUUUCUAAAUGGAGGAGUACAAUGUAUUAGUGAUGGGGAGAAAGACUCAGAUAAGUGUUCAAAGUCAGGAUUAUUUCCCCCCAAUUACAAUGCAGUAUUUCAGUUUGAUCCACAUGGUUUGUUUUGAUCAACUUGAAAAAGCUUUCUACUCAGUUAGAGUUUGAUUUCCUCUGUUAUGGUUUCUAUGGUUUCUAAAAUUUUUACUUGAUAUUAUUGCCCAACUAUGAUAUUCCUUUAUUGGUGGAGAAGCUUAAAAUUUUUAUCCAAAAAUGUAAUUUGGGAACUUACUGAUCUUAUACUUACCUUGAUCUUGAUUACCACAAGAAUGAGGUCUCUGAUGAUCAUAAC